AUGACUGAGCACGAGGCUCCUAUCGUUUCGCAUGGCCGUGGAGGUCAGGGAAAUAUUGGCCCCGACAGCAAUGAAUACGUUGACGGCGGCAUCGUCCGCGAAGGUGUUUUCGGCGACCAGGGCGAUGGCGCCUAUUCUGCCGGUCGCGGCGGCGCCGGAAACAUCGGCUCCCCACACGUAAAGCCCACAACCAAGACGCCCCACGACACAGAGUUCAUCCCCGAGAUCUCGGUGCGCCAGUCCAUCGAUGGGGAUUAUCAUACCGGGCGAGGCGGCCAGGGCAACGUCCACCUAGACCCCGAGCACGUCAAGGCAAAGGAGGAAAAGAAGGAAGAGAAGAAGGAGAAGAAAGAGGAGAAGAAGGCCGAGAAGGCCGCUGGUGUUACGCACGAGGGGUUGGCGGAUAAGUUGAAGAAUAAGCUUUUUGGGAGGAAGUGA